CACCCCUCGGAGAGCAUUGAAAUGCCCCGAAAACACCGGGUCAGACAUCGGCACAAAUGGUCCAGCUGUUAUGGCUCUGGCCAUCUUAGCUCAGCGGUAGAGCAAGGGGAUCGUAGACUCCAAGGUCGCGAAUUCAAUUCUCGCAGGUGGCUGAACUUUUGGCCUUUUGGCUCAAGCCGAGUCAAGCAAGUCAAGCCAUCCCCUCGGACCUCUCAAGCAAGUCAAGCCCACGGUUUUGAGGCCUCAAGUCAAGCCAAGUCCAGGCUCCAGACUUGCUUGACUUGCUUGUGGCCACCUCUGGCUUCCAAGGACCAACUCGAGCACUUCUGGAUCGACACCUGUUGCAUUAACAAGUCACUCCAUGGCGAACAUCAGGCAGCGAUGAACUCCAUGUUCCGGUGGUACCAGCGUGCGACGAAAUGCUACGCGUAUCUCGCGGACGUGUCGGUCGGGGAGCAGAGCACUGCAGGCCAAAGCGAACGUACCUGGCAAUCUUCUUUCCAAGCGAGUCAAUGGUUUCUCCGAGGAUGGACGCUGCAAGAACUCUUAGCACCUCGGACCGUCGAGUUCUUCUCGCGGGAUUGCGUGAAAUUUGGCGACAAGACGACCCUCCAAGACGUUAUCUACGCUGUUACAGGCAUCUCCGUGGAUGCGCUACAAGGAAGGCGAUUAACUAGCUUCAGCAAGCAGGAGCGAUUGGCCUGGAUGGAACGACGUACGACUAAGUUCGACGAGGACAAAGUGUAUGCGCUGCUAGGCAUCUUUGAAGUCGAGCUCGUUAUCCAGUACGGACAAGGAUGGGCUAGCGCGAUGGAAAAGCUGGAAGAGGCCAUCAAUGUCCAAACUAGUGUUUUGCGAGAUCUGCGGAUCACACAUCCGAAGGACGAUAAGAUCCGCAUCGAGCAAGACAAGGGUGGCUUGCUCGCCGGAGUGUGCGACUGGAUCUUCGACUGUCCAGAGUUCCAGCGCUGGCGCGAGACGGCCGGCCGUCAGUCUUUGUGGAUUAGAGGUGACCCGGGGAAAGGAAAGACGAUGCUCAUCUGUAGUAUCGUCGAUGAGCUCGAAAGGACCGAGCGACAGCAGUGUCAGUUAUGCUACUUCUUCUGCCAAGCAACAGACACGCGGAUCAACAACGCUGUUGCCGUCUUGCGCGGACUUCUUUACAUGCUCGUCGACCAACAACCUUCACUUAUACGACACAUUGAGAAGCAGUACCACCAUGCCGGCCGGACACUGUUCGAGGACGUGAACAGUUGGGUCGUUUUGACGAAGCUUUUCUCUGACAUUCUCCAAGAUCCACAGUUGAACAGUACGAUCUUCAUUAUCGACGCGCUCGACGAGUGCACUUCGCAGCUGACAGACCUCAUGCACUUUAUUGCUUCGGUCUCAGCACAAUCGCCUCGCGUGAAAUGGUUAUACUCUAGCCGUAAUUGGCCGACAAUCGAAGAGCCACUAUCUAGAGCGCAGCAGAUGCUGCAUUUGCAGUUAGAACUGAAUGCAGGAACGAUAGCAAAUGGCGUCCGUGUAUUCAGUAAGCAAAAAGUGCAUCAACUCGCUACAGAGAAAGGAUACAGCGAAUCUCUUCAGCAGGAGGUCCUUCAAUAUUUCCAAGCUAAUGCAGGGGGUACAUUUCUAUGGGUGGCAUUGGUUUGCAGGAGCCUAUAUGCUAUUCCGCAGCGGCACGUCCGGCGGAGGUUGCGCGAAUUUCCGCAGGGAUUGGAUGCGCUUUACGCGCGCAUGAUGGUUCAAAUCGAGGAGUCAGAUGACAGCGAGUACUGCAAGGCUGUGCUAGCCACUGUCGCACUCGCACUCCGACCACUUACGCUUUCCGAGCUCGGUUUCAUAGCUGACCUGCCAGAAGAGAUAUCCUGCAGUGUAGGAGAUAUAGCCGACAUCGCGCGUCGCUCUGGGUACUUCCUUACGAUGCGAAGUGACAUAUGGGAAGACAAGGUGGUCUCCUUUGUACACCAAUCAGCUAAAGACUAUAUCACUGAACAAGCCAGGAACGCUAUCUUCCCAGCGGGGAUGUCGAAAGGACACGCGCGGGUCGCCCAGAAGUGCAUUCAGCGAAUGUGUGAGCCUGGCGGUCUACAAAAAGACAUUUGCAGAGUUCGGAAACCGGGCAUACAACGCACCGACUUCGACUUAGCAGAGAUUGCGAAAAUGAUGCCGGCCAGAGUGACUUAUACUUCCAGCUUUUGGGCCGAACACUUCAUCGCGAGUAGAGAAAUCAUGCGUGACGCUGAUUACGUUCAUCAAUUUCUGCAGCAGUAUUUCCUCUAUUGGUUCGAGGCACUCAGCUGGAUGGGACAAGCAGCUAGUAUGGUCUUGCAUACCGUGCGACUUCAGUCUCAGGUCGAUAAGGGAGAUCGCGGUCAGCAGGUGUCAACUUUUCUCAAUGACGCUUACCGAUUCGUUUUGAUGAAUAGCUAUGUAGCCGAUCUUGCACCUCUUCAGUUAUACUUUUCCGCACUCAUAUUUACCCCAUUAAACAGCAUUAUCCGGACGGCUUUCCUGCAGCAGCGUACGGAUAUGUUUUCUAUGCUGCCUAACGUUAUCCAGCAUUGGAGCGCAUCACUGCAGACGCUGACAGGGCACACGGAUUCGGUCAGGUCGGUCGCGUUCUCGGCGGACGGCACGCGGCUGGCGUCGGCGUCGGACUACGGCACCGUCCGGCUCUGGGACGCGGCGACGGGCGCGCCGCUGCAGACGUUCGAGGGGCAUACGGAUGAGGUCAGGUCGGUCGCGUUCUCGGCGGACGGCACGCGGCUGGCGUCGGCGUCGUACGACCGCACCGUCCGGCUCUGGAACGCGGCGACGGGCGCGCCGCUGCAGACGCUCGAGGGGCAUACGAGACAUGUCAAGUUCUCCGUGGAAGGCACGCUCCUCACGCGGCUGGCGUCGGCGUCGUACGACCGCACCGUCCGGCUCUGGGACGCGGCGACGGGCGCGCCGCUGCAGACGCUCGAGGGGCACACGAGACAUGUCAAGUUCUCCGCGGAAGGCACGCUCCUUUUGACCGAUUUCGGGCAGUUUGCAGUGUCCGAAGACGAAUUCUACUACGAUCGGGAGCAUGUACUGCUAAAGCCUGUUCUUCAUACCUUGCAACUGCAGUAUGAAUGGAUCCAGCAUAACGGUAACGACAUCCUCUGGUUGCCGCACGACUUUCGCGGAACAUGCUCGGCAGUGUACGGAAAAACGCUUGUUAUCGGGCAAAGCUCAGGAGCUGUGUCACUCUUUCAAGCACGAGACGAGUGCCACAUAGUAUCGUAA